CCAAGGCCCACUUGCUUGCUUUUCUUUCAAACCUCAUUCAUUCUCAGUCAUCUCAGCCAGAAAGUUCCUGCUUCAGAAUUGAAGGUGGCCUGGUGGUUUUUACCUCAGACUUCCAGCAAGUACUACAAAGAAGAAAAUAUUCUGAAGAUCAAUCAAGCAUUCUGUCAAGUCAAAGUAACACCCUUGUCUUAACCACUAGUGGGAGAAAUGAAGCACAUUAUCAAUCUAUAUGAAAACAUCAAUGAUACAGGAAGAAAUAAUUCAGACUGUCCUCAUGUGGUUUUGCCAGAAGAGAUAUUUUUUAUAAUAUCCAUUAUCGGGGUUUUGGAAAAUCUGAUGGUCCUUCUGGCUGUGAUCAAGAAUAAGAAUCUCCAGUCACCCAUGUACUUUUUCAUUUGCAGCUUGGCCAUUUCUGAUAUGUUGGGCAGCCUAUAUAAGAUCCUGGAAAACAUCCUGAUCAUGUUCAGAAACAUGGGUUAUCUCAAGCCUCGUGGCAAUUUUGAAACCACAGCAGAUGAUAUUAUCGACUCCCUGUUCAUCCUCUCCCUCCUUGGCUCCAUUUUCAGCCUGUCCAUGAUAGCAGCUGACCGCUACCUCACAAUCUUCCAUGCUCUGCAAUACCACAGCAUUGUGACCAUGCGCCGUGCCACUGUUGUCCUAAUGGUCACCUGGACUGGCUGCACAGGCAGUGCUAUUACCAUGGUGAUCUUCUCUCAUCACAUCCCCACAGUGAUCACCUUCACGUCGCUGUUCCCUCUGAUGUUGGUCUUUAUCCUGUGCCUUUAUGUGCACAUGUUCUUGCUUGCCCGUUCCCAUGCCAGGAAGAUCUUGACCCUUCCCAGAGCCAACAUGAAAGGGGCCAUCACGCUGACCAUCCUGCUUGGGGUCUUCAUCUUCUGUUGGGCCCCCUUUGUCCUUCAUGUCCUGUUAAUGACGUUUUGCCCAAAUAACCCUUACUGUGCCUGCUACAUGUCCCUCUUCCAGGUGAAUGGCAUGUUGAUCAUGUGCAAUGCAGUCAUUGACCCCUUUAUAUAUGCCUUCCGGAGCCCAGAACUCAGGGAUGCAUUUAAAAAGAUGAUCUUCUGUAGCAGGUACCAGUAGAAUUAUUGGUCCCUGAUUUUAAGAGCCAUGGAGUUAAUACUGUCAAGUGACAGAAUAACAUGACACACCAACAAAUGCUAAUGCUUUCCAACUGUCCCUUUUCCUUCUUUAAUGUGCACAAGGAUUAUCCCACUAACUAGUGUUUGUAAUAACUUAGUCCUGUGUGAAGAGUCUUGCUGUAGGUACAACUUUUAUAAAUAGAGAGAUAAAGUAAUGUAUUAAAAAGAAUGACAGAAUACAAAACUCAGAAAACAAUACAAGUUUGAGAGCUUUGUGCUAAGGUAAUAACUUGUUCUUCUAUAGAUAUCUAGCAAGCCUCUUGCUGGGAUUGCCUUUCCAAGCUGCAGGUCAUUGUAAUCAAUUUCUUUUUUUUUAAUUUUAUUUUAUUAUGUUAUGUUAGUCACCAUACAAUACAUCAUUAGUUUUUGAGUGGUAAUCAAUUUCUAGAAGUUAAAUUGCCAGGACAGGUACUCAGGGCACAAACUACAAUGUCUUUGUAAGUAAGCCAAAGGUGCCAAUAAAUUACUGCAACUGAAUUUUGCCUAUCUUGCCCUACCACACAGAAUCCCUGCUCUCCCUCCCUCCUUCCUGUGUGCUUGUUUUACUGUAUGCCAUCUCAAAUCUUUUUUUCAAUCUUUUUUUUUUUAAGUGGGCUCCACACUGGGCAUGGGGCUUGAACUCACGACUCUGAGAUCAAAACCUGAGCUGAGAUCAAGAGUCAGACACCCAACAGACUGAGCCACCCAGGCACACCAUCUCAAAUCUUUUUAGAAACAAGUAGGGUAUAAAUUAUGAAUGUCAAAUAAGCAGCUUUGCAUUUCCAAAAUAAAGGAAACUUGUCUGUUACUCUUCUUUGCUCAUGUAGUAUUCCACUGGCCUUAAAAUCAUUUCCUGGCUAAAACUCUCAUGCUUUAGAAGCAUGAAAUUUCAGAGGAGGAAAUAAAAAUUUAAUAUAUUUGGCUUCUAUGUGGAAAUAAAUAAAGGCCAGAGGAAAAUUGUGAUUAUUUGAAGAAAGUAUAACCAUUCUUUGUGUAUUUGUCUGAAUGUAGGGGUAAAAGAAAAGAGACCCCAAGCCCCAGUAGAUAAUUUGUAGAAUAAUUAGAGUGUGUGUGCAUGUGUGUGUGUAUUUGCCAUGAUUUGGGACUGUGGGGGGAACCAAAACCAAAAUACCACUUCAAGAACAGUGCUAUUACUGAGACUCAAGCCAUGGACUGAUGAAGAACAUUGUAACUCCUUCCACAGACGAGUAAGAGGCAGAUGCUGUCACUGGAAAAUUUCACCCUACUGUUAGCCACAGGAAAGAUGCCAGAUAUUGAAAAGUGGCAUCCCAGUGACAAUAUAGAAAUAAAAUUGGUAAGUUCAUCCAUUUUCAUAGCUAAAGAUAAAGCUUAAAAAAGAAGCAAAUUCUGAACAUAAGUCCUUGCUAAGUUGGAGAGUAACUUAAAGGGAUGAGUGAUGAGAGAGAAGAAAGAAGUAAGCUCCUUAAAUCCACAGAGCAGGGCUGCUCAGGACCCACUGGGAGGGGCUGCAUCUUCUGGAAAAGGCAAAACUUGACUCUCCAGAGAGUUUUCCCUGAGCUGCCAAGAGGAGAAGCCAGCCACAAAUAGGACUGCUGGUCUGGUAGUGGUGAGUAAGGGCAGGGCUAGAUUGGGAGAGAUAAGUAGGGAGCUAUGUGGUCAGGUUCACAGAAAUUCCAAAAAUGUGGAGGUGUAAGGAAACAAGAGCUAAGGGAACAAAACAGACCACCCUGCCCUAGGUUUCAGGGGGAGGGUGUCUUUUUUUAUGACAGUCACCUAUGACCAACAAAGAAUAACCAGACCCUAGAAAAGAAGUAAGCCAUUAAAGAUGUUAUCACCAGUCCUUACUCAAACCAAGAUGUCAUAAGAAUGUUAAGACCACAAGCUCCUUGGUCAGCUCUAAAUAAAAGACUGUCUGUGGAGACCCAUGUUGGCAACCCUGUCCAGAUCCCUCUCACUCAUGAGAGCUCUUUCUGUAUCCUUGCUUAAUAAAACUCUAUCAUUUUAUUGUCUGGGAGAUUCAUUCUUUGACUCUGUGAGGCAAGAACCUAGCCCUCCUGCUUCAGUGGGUUUAAUAUCAGAUGGGUGUAGGCACAAAAACUUAAGAAGCAAAGCAGAAAGCACGGAGUUAAAGGGAAGAACAGUGCUGGCAGGUUUCUAGACAGCAAGCAUCACAGAUUGGAGAUGGAACCCGAAGUAUGUCUUGUCUUCUGUGUUCUACAGAAAUCCUUCCUUGGUUACUUCUCCUCACCAAAUGGACAAUAUUAUUCUAAUGUAUAUUAACCUGGAUUUCUUAAUAAAUAAGAUACUAUAUGUAAGUUUAUUUUUCAUAAAAUCUAAAGCACCCUAUAAAUGAUUUUUAAAUGUUAUUUCUACCAUUAAAAGAAUAAUAUGUAGAACUUUUUUCUGUGAUUGAACUGAGUAUUCUCAAUAAAAUGUAACCUUCCUUUGAUGUUGUGCUAUUCUAUGAUACUGUAGAGGUGGGUGGUACAAUUUAACACCUGUCAUAAAUGGUCCAAAACUGCUGUGCUUGUUAAAUUCUGCCUUUGUUAGUAGCUUUGCCAUCCCCUCAUCACUCCCAAGCUCAGCUGUCACAUCUGUUGUCAGAUGAAAUCACCUAGAAAUUUCUUCACUUCUCAAUGCCUUUCAUUUAUUAUAUUUAAUCUGAGAAAUAAAACCAAGGUGGCUAUUCUAAGAGUGUAUAAGUAAAAAAUAAGGGCUGAGUGCCAACUCAGAGACAUUUUCAAUUCUAGGUCCUUAGGUAUUUUCAAAUCAGUUCAAGGUCUUUAAUACUUAUAAUUACUGAAAAAAAGUAUGGUUUCCUAUCUCUACCUUCAUAUGUAAUUCAAAUAAAAACAGUAUCAAACAGCAA